GCCGUAAGAGGAAACACUCCCAGUCCCGUUCCAUUCAGCGGGGGACAAUCUUGUGUCUAAGCUGUGGUGGUUCAAGGGACGUGCAUUUUUUUGUGUGACAGGACCGACAACUAGACGGACUGGGUAACAUGGAUCACUACGUUCCUCAGAUAGGAGAACAGAAAUGAAAUCAUCUGAGGCUCAAGCUGAAGAGGUCUGACAGCUUUUUUCUAUGAGGACUGUUUGAAGGCGCUUGAGUUGGCCUGCUGAGGACUCAGCACCAUCAAAUACAUACCAGCAGAGGGCGAACUCGGACAACAUAACGGUUUUUUUAAAGGUUUGCCGCUGCAUUAUUAUUGCUGUCGCUUUGAGUUAGUAUUUUUUCACUUUUAUUCCCAGUGUAGGUUUUUUUUUUUUUUUUUUUUUUUAGUAAUCAAGUAAUUGUUCUCAUGUGAUUAUUUUUUUUUUUUUUGCAUCUGACGACAUUUUGAGGCAAACUUCACUUUAGGGAAGUGAAUGCAAUUUGCUCUAAUAGUUUUAUGUCCAGUAAUAUUCAUGAUGAUCAUCAUCAAACUGAACCGCUAAUUAGAUUUUACCUUAGAAAAAAAAAAUUGUACAAUGAGUUUAUCUUUAAAACUCUAUUGUUAAUGCACGCAGGCAUGAAGUCAAACCUGAUCUGCCGGGUUAAACAAGGAAGUUGAUGACAGGAAAAAAAAAAAGAAACAGAUCUGGUUACUCGUAUAUUUAGGUAAGGGUUUGACUUGCGUACAGAGAUACAGGAAGGAGAGCUGUGAAACGUCAGUUUUGCAUGCAACCGCUGAACGUCGAGGAGUUUAACAAUGCUGAAAAAACUCUUGGCCUUUUUGUCACUUUUCGCCUUCCUCAGCCUUCUGUUUUACGCUGUAGUUUUAUUCUAUGGCAAGAACACUCAUUACAGCGUGGUCACUGCUCCUCGCGCGGUGGAAAAUAGAAACAGAUCGUUCUUCUGGAAGUCACCGCAGGAGUCACAGGUGACCGAACUAAGUCAUACAAAGGAAGCGAUGCCAACCACUCCACGCAGUAAGAUUUUGGAGCCAUGUCCUGAGACUCCACCAAAUCUUGUGGGUCCUCUCCACGUGGAGUUUAAUUCUCAGCGAACGUUAGAGGAGGUCAAAGAGCAGGUUGGCUCUCCUCUUCUGGUGGGAGGACGGUACAAGCCGCAUGACUGUAUCUCCCAACACAAGGUGGCCAUCAUCAUCCCAUUCCGAAAUCGACAUGAGCACCUGACGCACUGGCUUCAUUACAUGCAUCCAAUCCUGAUCCGACAGCAGCUGGACUACGGGGUGUACGUCAUCAACCAGGAUGGGGAGGGAGUUUUCAACCGAGCUAAACUGAUGAAUGUGGGAUACAUAGAAGCGCAGAAGCAGUACGACUAUGACUGCUUCGUCUUCUCCGACGUUGACCUGGUGCCCCUCGAUGACCGGAACCUCUACAGGUGCUUUGACAGUCCCAGGCAUUUGGCCGUGGCCAUGGACAAGUUCAACUUCCAUCUACCCUACAAGACCUACUUCGGCGGGGUCUCCUCGAUGUCGAAGCAGCAGUUCCUGAAAAUAAAUGGCUGCCCAAACACUUACUGGGGCUGGGGCGGCGAGGACGACGACAUUUACAGGCGGAUCGUCUUCCACGGCAUGUCCGUUUCUCGACCAGAUGGCGUGACUGGGAAGUAUAAGAUGGUCAGGCAUCAAAGAGACAAACACAACGAGCCGAAUCCUAAGAAUCCAGACAAACUUAAAAAAACUCAGCAGACCAUGGACAAGGAUGGACUAAAUAGCCUUAGUUACAAAGUCGUGGAGGUCGUAAAGGAUGUAUUGUUUACUUUUAUUACCGUGGAUAUUGAAGCUCCGGAGAGUUGAAGGAGGGUGUAAGACACGGAUCACACGAGUGACUGUAGUUUCUGGUUCAUUGGGAGAUCUUUAUUGAUGGCAAAGCUGGUGUGUUUGAUGGCAUUUAAACAGCCUUGAUUGGCUGGCCAAUUUUUGAGAAGGGGUAUGUGUGAGAACCAUCUACGUAUGCAUGAACAGGUCCAGGUUGGCCAUAAAGUGAAUGUUAACUUUGUGACUACUAUAGUAAAAAAAAAAAAAAUCUUAAUAGACUUCAGAUUGAGCUAUUUUUCUAUUAUUAUUUAUAGAAAGAGUUUGGAGUGACAAGUAAAAAAUAAGCCAAGAUAUUUUACAUUUUGUAUUUGUCUGUCAAGUUCCUCAGUUUGUGCAAUGAUUAAACUUAGUUGUCUAUGAGAUGCCUGUAGUGAAAUGAGACCAAGUAGAAAUAAGCCCUUAUUUGUAACUAUGUGCUUUAAUUUAUAUUACAAAUACAAAUUACUAUUUAAUAGCAGCUUUAUUUUACCUUUUUGUUGUCCUAUGUUGUAGUUUAAUGAUUGAGGAUUCUAUGUAAGUUAAAACUAUUCCCCAUAACAGGUCGGAUGAAUCAUUGGAAAUUCCCCUGGCAUCAGUUACAGGUAUCUCUUAUGACCAGGUGACUUGAAUUUGAAAGUUAUAUUACCUGCUGAAGGCAGCAUGGCUGCAAGAAAAAUUGUGUUUAGGUCUCCAGUGACAGAAGUGACUGCAGUAAUCUUGAAGGAUUAGUUUGCGACUCUUCAAGCGGGGUUCUGUACAGAUAAUAGUUCCCUUACCGGCAGCAAGGUCACCACGAGCUUCAGCGGUAUUUACUUGUAUCCUGUAUAGCUGUGUGGGGGG